GGGAGGGGCCCGGCCGUGGAAUUCGCAUUCGCCUGCAAACGGAGGCUGAGAGCGUGGAAAGCGGGGGGACGAGACUAACCAGCGGCGCAAACCUUAUCAAUACCACGGGCUGGAGUUCCACCUCUUUCUUGGGUGGUGUGAGAGCGUGGCCGUGAGGAGCUUCUGUCUGCAUGGUGGGGAGGGGAGGCACAUUUCCUCCUGCUGUGGCCUCCUCACCACAUUGGGCAGCGGAGACAUUUUCACCCUAGUUCUGCAGCUUCGCUGCUCACCUAAACCCAGAUGAAUGAAGACUCCUUUCGGGAAGACGGCAGGCCAGAGGUCCAGAGCUGAUGCAGGUCAUGCAGGUGUAUCUGCAAAUAUGAUGAAAAAGAAAAAUUCCCACAAGAAACAGCGCAGCAGCGUGGGGCCCAGCAAACUUGUAUCCCAGCCCAGGCGCAACAUUGUGGGCUGCCGCAUUCAGCACAACUGGAACGAGGGCAGCAACUCUGCAACGCUGUGGAAGGGCACGGUCCUGGACCAGGUGCCCGUCAACCCUUCUCUCUAUUUGAUUAAGUACGAUGGCUUUGACUGUGUCUACGGACUGGAGCUUCACAAAGAUGAGCGGGUGCAAGGUCUGGAAGUCUUACCGGAUCGAAUCGCCUCCUCGCGGAUAAGCGACACCCACCUGGCAGACAUGAUGAUAGGCAAAGCUGUGGAGCACAUGUUUGAGACGGAGGACGGCUCAAAGGACGAGUGGAGGGGCAUGGUGCUCGCACGGGCCCCCAUCAUGAACACGUGGUUUUAUAUCACUUACGAGAAGGAUCCUGUUUUGUACAUGUAUCAGCUCUUAGAUGACUAUAAAGAAGGGGACCUACGGAUAAUGCCAGACUCAAAUGACUCGCCCCCAGCUGAAAGAGAACCAGGGGAAGUGGUGGAUAGCCUUGUAGGUAAGCAGGUGGAGUACGCCAAAGAAGACGGCACGAAAAGGACUGGUAUGGUCAUCCAUCAGGUCGAAGCAAAGCCGUCUGUGUAUUUCAUCAAGUUCGAUGACGAUUUCCACAUCUAUGUUUACGAUUUGGUAAAAACGUCCUAGGCGCCAGCUGUGGCAGGAGCAAAUGUGAGUGGAAGGAGUCUGAAGCAGAAAUAUCCUUACAGACUUUGCCAAAUCUCUUUGAACGUUGACAAUUUGAGAUGAGGCGGAUAAUUGAGGCUGCUCAUCUGAGUGUGGUUUGCUGGGUCCCUGCUGUGGGAGCAAAGGGUUUUUUUUUUUUUUUUUCCUUAUGAUUUCCAAUAGGGAGAGCUCUGCACUACUUAAACUUAAUCAUCUACUUUUUUUGUAUUAGGAUCACACGUGGAACACACUCGUUAUUUUAUCGUAUAGACUGUUCAUUGAAAAUAUACUAUGGAAAUUAGGAAUUCAAAAGAUUUCAAAAGAUUUCAAUUACAGUUCAAUGGGCAUAAAUAAAAGUUAGUUUCAUCUCUCAAACGUAGAAGGACUUGUAAAGUACAGUUUUUUUUGGUUUAAGACAUGCUUGUUCCUUUGGACUACAUAUGUACACUAUACAAAUUUGAUUACCAGUAUUUAAAAUAUAAUUACGUUUUAGACUCGACUGCAGUCUAAAACCUGUGGUAUUUGUUUCAUAGUCCUGUACUGUCCUUCAAUUUAAAAUGGUAAUUGUUAUUAAUAUUGUUAUUUAAAAGUAGUUACUUAAUAGGUUUGUAAUUUUCAUUAACAAAACAAUCUCUCGACACAUUUUCAUAUUUUAUUUCAGUUCAUAAUUGUCAACUGAGACAUCCUGCACAGUAUUCCAUUUUCAGUUUUCUGUCAGAGGACUUAUUGUAUUAUCUUAAUUCUUAACACUGAGAUAAAUUAUUUAUACCUUACAUUCUGUUCUUGUUGCUAGGCUACACAACUAAGAAUAAAAAAAAUUGCAAGGGAAUAACCAUUUGAGGUUAGUGUUACUACAACAACCACCAUUGUGAAGUGUUCUCUAGUGUUGUCUCAGUUCUGCAAAGAAAAAGGUUGUAUUCCGCUCAUUCUGCUGCUUCCUGAUUUUAAUUUAAGCCUUAAGGCAUGUGCCUCAUUAAACCUUUGAAUAGCAUCAGCUAUGAGAAAACUCCAAAUGACUUUGUUUGCAUUCUCAUCUCAACAAAGCUUGCUGUCCAAAGUGGAUACCCAAAUGGAGUGUUGUAUUGCCUUUGUGUCUAAAUCAGUUGCUGUGAGGUUUCUUUUUUUUUUUUUGUUAAUGGAGAAUUCCGGGUCAAAAUCUAUGGUUCAUGUGUUGAGAUGUCUUCAUUAAAACCAAAGUCGUAAAGCACAGAGACUUCAUUUACAGCUGCAGUUUUCUGGUAAUGCCCUGAUAUUAAACACACACACAGACACACACACAAAAGCCUAUUGCUGUUAUUUGUGUUUGUCCUCAGAAAUAUUAGUUCACACUAAGAGAAAACCCAGCAUGCAGCUGUUCUUCUGCUCUGUGUAAAGGUGUUAUUGGUCUGUGGGUAGGAUACGUACUGGUUUCUGCCCUAAAGGUUGCAGGUCAGAUGAGAGGUCAUUUGCACCAUUCAUCAAAGUAUCUGUGGAAUUAUUUCAGUAAAUAUUCAGUUGCACAUUAAAAUUGUAGGCUCUGUAAACUGUUUUCGGUAUAAAUAUCUGCCAAGCGAAUAAAUGGAAUAAAUUUUGUGUAAAUAAUUAAUGUAAUCAGUGUAAUGUAAAACUUGUUUUAAGUGGUAAAUGCAUACAUACACAGCAACUAUUCUGACAUCAGCUGUUUUCAACUGGCCCAAAAUGGUAGUUUGUAUGCAUAUUGUACAGCAUUUCAAUAAAUAGAUUUACACCGGAGUUCUCUAAAUAAACAGUGUUUUCGUAAA